AGAGGGUGAAGAAUUGAAGGGAUUUAGGGUUUUUCUCCAUGAAAUUCAAAUUCGCGAACCGGUCUUUCUGAUUUCUUGAAACAACUGUUUAUACUUAUCCUUCUUGUUCUCGGGCGUCAGUUUCCAUGGCUGAUCACGUAGAUUCAUCGACUCUUAUCAAUCCUCCGGCGAUGGCUGACCCUAGCGAGAUUGACCUUGAAGCCGGCCCUACAGACCAAAUUCAAUGUCGUAUUGGCUUGGAAACUGACGCAAUGGAUUCCCCUGGUAGUGGUAACUUUUUUUCGAUGCCUUGUUAGAUGGUGAUACCAUGACUGGAUCUCAAUAUGUGCCAACCAAUGGUCAAGCUUCACCAAUCACGGCUGAAACAGAGACAACGCAAAGGAAAGUAAAAAGACUAGGAAAUUUCAGCACAGAUGAAGACAUUGCGUUAAUCUCUGCUUGGCUUAACAUAAGCAUGAAUUCAAGUGUUGGGACGGACCAAAAAGGGAAAACCUUUUGGUCUAAGGUUGCCAACAAUUAUUAUGAAAAUAUCACGGGAUUGAGUAGUGAGCGUACAGAACGUUCGUUGGUGUGUCGGUAUGCAGAUAUCCAAAAAGCGGUGAAUAAAUUCAUGGGGUUUGUAGCUCAAGUUGAAAAUUCAUGCCCUCCGGGUUUUAAUGAACAAGAUAAGUAUAUGCAGAUUCAAAAGGCGAAGACUAUGUAUCGAGAAAUUGUUGGGAGCAAUUUCAAGUACGAGCAUUGUUGGAAUAUAUUGAGACACCACCCGAAGUGGCUAGAAACAAAUGGGGUUGCCGGAAGAAAGAGGCCAACCACCAUAUCUUCUCCAUCUACGCCUACUUCGGUGAACUUAGCCGAAGAUUGUACUCCUUCUGGCACAUUCAUUGAUCUUGAGAAGCCAAUGAGGAAUAAGGCAGUGAAGGAGAGACAAAACAAAGGAAAAUGGAAGGGAGUAGAUGACAUGCCUCGAAGUGAUUUCAGUUGUAACUGGAAGGUUGAAAAGCUCAAGAUGCAUGAGCACAAAAGGAAGAUUGAAGAACAAAAGUUGAUGAUCGCUACGCAGGAACUGGAAGUUGAAGAAAAGAGGAUUCAGCUUGAAGAAAGGAAAGAACAAGCUCGACGGGAAGUUGAAGAAAGGAGGAUUAUGCUCGAAGAAAGGCAUGAAGAGAUGAAGAUUAUGAUGAUGGAUGUGAGCAAUUUAAGUGAGGAACAAAAGGAAUAUAUUCAGUUGCUUCGAGCUGAGAUUAUUGCUAAAAGGAGAAAUAUGUAGUGUAUUUUAUCAAGCUAAUAUAUUAACUUACGUUUGUACUUUUUAUCUUCAUUAUAAAUUUAUGAACUGCUGUUGCAAUUUAGAUUAAAACUAAUGAAGAGCUCUUGAACUCA